AAAGAGGCACAAAUAAUAACAACGACAACAAAAACAACAAUAAUUUGUCCAAGAUUCACACAGAACCCCCUGGAGGCAGAGUGAGAAUUUAUACUCAGGCAGGCUGGCCCCAGAGCCCCUGCUCAUAACUAAUAAGUCAGAUCACCUUGCUUAUGUGGAUCAGUUUUUUUCAACUGUGAUAUGAGGGUACUGUGUCCAGUAACUUAUAAUUUCAAAAUACUUCACUGUAACGGAAUCAUUAGUCACAGGCCUUACAAACCACAGAAACCUACACAUACAAAAAUAUCUCGUUAGGUCAAGAUAACCAAUAACGUUUUUAAAUAUUAUACCUGCUGGGCCUUUGCAAUAAAAUGUCUUUUUAUAAUUCUGUCUGGCUACAGAAUAACUUCAUAAUCCUGCAUGUUGCUGGUAGCUCCCAUGUUGGACAGCACGGGCCUAGAGAUUUUAAAUUACUUGCCCAGACUCGCCCAGGAAGCUCGUGGUGGGAUCCGAGCUAUAGUCUGGGACUUUUCCUUCCUAUCCAACAAGUCCCUCAUGGAAGUUUAGAAGCUUCUCCUUUGGUGCCCAGCUGUCUAUCCGUACUUAUAACAUCUUGUCAGGUGUUCCAGCCUGCUCCUGAACAUCAGCCAGAACCCACUUCUGCUCUAUUUUGUCCAGAUCCCUGCCUUCUCUCUGCUCCUCCUGUCCAUGUCUCUCCCUCCACUUUUCCCCUUCUCCCCUCCUCCUCCCAUCUUCUCCGUCCCUCCCUUCCCCAACUUCUCUUGCAGAACACAGAGAGGAUAGCUGGCCCUCCUGCGCAUGCGCAGUCUGUGCCAGCUGGACCGAGGGUUGGAAGCUGCAACUCCGAGCCGGGGAUCGGCCCCAAAGGCUUCUCAGCUCUUUCGCCCGGUAGGACUUUGGCUCCUGCCCCGGCGCCCCGGCCACAGCUGUCCAGGGCCAAGUGUGCACUUGCCGCGUCUCGCCCCAGCCGGGCUCCCCUCAGUCCGCGGCUGGCGUCCCCUUCCCCUCUCCCGCCCGCGAGUUCUCUCCUCCCGGGCUGCCUCUCCUCGGCCGCCGGCCCGUCCCCGCCCCUGGGCGGGCUGUGUCCCGGGCGGGCGGGGUCUGCGGACCCGGACGGGGGCGGGCGGCUGGGGCUGGGGCUGGGGCUGGCCUCCGAGCGGGGCUACAGCCCGCGUCCCCCCCCCCCCCCGCUUUCCCUGACCCGCGACCCCGGGGCUGCCCUCCUCUCCCUUUCCCGCUACCUGGGGACCAGCUCAGUGGUGUGGGCGCUGCUCCCCGGGCUGAGAGCCUCCGGCUGUGAACCCCAGCUUCUCCUGUUGGAGUCGGGAAAAGGGAGCGUCAGUGCUGAGCGAGCUUCCGUCUCCUCCCUCAGUGUUUCUGCCCCAGUGUAAGAAUUCCGGUGACUGAGUUAGAAGCAUGCUUCCAAGCUGUGCGUGUCCUCGGCAUCCAGAAGCGGAGCCUGGAAGCUUCCGAAUUUCUCCAGAAUGCAGUCUACAUUCACCUUCGGCAAGGCCUGCAACAUGAGCAUCCCUGACUACGUGCAGUGUGCUGAGGACCACCAGACUUUCCCCGUGGUGGUCGAACACGUGGGGAUCAUCUCAGAGGAGAAUUUCUUUUGCAUCUAUAAGUGAAUCACCUUGGUGAGUCAGAUCAGUCCGUGCAGCUCCCAGUGGGCAAACUGUAUCCACUACAGUCACCACUAUGCGCCCAAGAAUGGGUGGAGCGACUUCCAGACCCACCGCAAGGUCUUGGGCCUUGUCAUCAUUACUGACUGCCUCUCGGCCAAGGCUUCGAAAAGCUCCACGUGCAGAGGAGCUGUAUGGCACCACGCUCUAUGACUCUCAGCUCUUUGACUUUCUGCUGCAUGGGGAGGUGGCCGAGCAGCCGCGCACCGAAGUGGCCUUCAAUUUACGAGGACUGCAGGGAGGUGGAGAAGAGGAUCGACGACUUCACUGAGUCACUCUUCAUCUUGCCCAAGUCCAAGUGGCUGGACGGUGCAUCCGACAAUUCUGGGGACAAGAUCCUCCUUCUCUGCAUCCCAUUUGAGAAGGAGGACAUCAUGGGACUGGACACAGAAAGCAGACAUCACCAGGGCACAUGUGGGGUUUGUGCCUGCAGGCUGGAAUGCUGCUGGACUCCCUGAUCCAUCACCGUUAUGUCCUGGAGCUGCUCCGGUCAGUGAAUGAUUUUCUGUGGCUUCUAGUACGUUUUGGUUACUGAGUCCCUCGAAUUCCCAUAUGAAUAGUAGCAGCAGCUAGUCAGUUACUGCAGAGGAGCCCGCUGGGAUUGUGAUCGAGACCACGUUGAGUAUACAGAUCGCUCUGGGGAGCACUGCCAUCCCAAGAGCGUUGUCAUGUGAUCCAGGAAUGUGCGUGGUGUGUCUGUACAGAGUUCUAUGUAUAGUUGGUUACAUUCUAUACCUGGAAAUUUCUCCAAAACUGCUUCCCACGUGCCCUCACCUCCAGUGGCAUCCAUCCAGACACCAGCACUGACACUGGCCGUGCUCAGAACUGCCUCAGCCCUGAAGACACAACUGACAAAUAGAAGGGGGCUACGCCCUAUGACAGCAGGUGCUCUCACUUUGUGGGUCCUUAUGUAACUGCACGAUGUUAAUCAGGAUCGCCCGUUCUACACUGUGUGACGCUGCUGCCGUGUCUCCUAGUUAUUUCUGAUCUGAGAAGCAGGAGCAAGGAACUCAGGGAGAGAUCCAGGAAGACAUCUGACUCUGUUAAGAGACGACAGUCACAGCGACACGGGGAGCGAGGACACUUGCAGCAAAGUAAAAUGACUUCACAACUAUUGCAUCAGAGCUGCAGGUGUGAGAGAGCCUUAGCCUGUCUCAGAGUGCAGGGGACAAGAGGAAAGGAAUGGUAAAAUUAACACUGACAAUUGAAAUUUUGUUAAAUAGCCUGCUAAUAUUAAUUGUAUCAAAUGAAUGUAUGCAGGUGUAUUUCUAUGAUCAUUUAUAGUUACACACAACCCCACCAGCCCCUCUUUCUCCCAUCGGGGAUGGGCUUUCUCAAGCACAGUGCCCCUCCUGGUUGAGUGGGCCACGCUGCGGGUCCUCGCCUGGGGCCAGGCUGCUGCAGGACACUGAGUCCCCGAGGCACGGCCUGGGAGAAAUGACAGGAACAUCUCUGCUCAUAACUGAGAGCCUCCAUUUCCCCCUGCAGUGUAAGAAUGCCGGUGACUCAGUUAGAAGCAUGCAUCCAACCCGUCCUUCCGUGUCAUCACCAUCUAGAAUCGGUGCCUGAAUCUUCUGAAUUUCUCCAGAAUGUGGUUUAAAAUCACCUUCGACAAUUGAGUGUGUGUCCUCUUACAAGUGGAGGAAUUGCUGCCGUUUCCCUGGAACUUACUCACCACUAGUCCAUCUGAUUUUUCUGUGCUAGGAUUCAGUAUGGCAUGCUAAAAAUUCUGCAGUCAGAUCUUGAAACACUGAUGAAGAGGAUUAUUUAUUUUAUUUCUUUAUAUGAUAGUGUUUUACUUUCAAAAUUCAGAGUUUUCGGUUCUUUCAAAAAAUUUUUGGGGGGUUGGAGAAACAACAUUGCUCUUACCAUCUCUGUGACCUGUUGCUUUGUGCCUCUCACCUGUCUUCUGUCACUUGUGAGGUGGUUCCAUUUGUGACCCUGUCAGGGUUGUUCAUGUUAUAAAACAUAUAGUCUGUUAAAGUACAGUCCCUUUUACUCCGAAGACAUUCCACAAAUACUCCUUAAAUCUGGGUGUGGUUUUAAGAAGACAGAAUCAUUAGAACAUGUACUUGCAGGUUGCUAGUGCAAAAUCCCCAAAUCAAUAGUCUAG